AUGGCGGAGCAGACAGAGAAGGCUUUCCUCAAGCAGCCUAAGGUUUUCCUCUGCUCGAAGAAGGCUGCCAAGGGGAAUAAGCCCGGCAAGGGGGGCAACAGGUUCUGGAAGAACAUUGGCCUUGGUUUCAAGACUCCCAGGGAAGCCAUCGAAGGAACCUACAUUGAUAAGAAAUGCCCGUUCACUGGCACUGUGUCAAUUAGAGGCCGCAUCAUUGCUGGAACAUGCCAUAGCGCUAAAAUGAACAGGACUAUCAUUGUUCGUAGGAACUACCUUCAUUUUGUCAAGAAAUAUCAGAGGUAUGAGAAGAGGCACUCUAACAUCCCCGCCCACGUUUCCCCUUGCUUUCGUGUGAAGGAAGGAGACCAUGUGAUCAUUGGUCAGUGCAGGCCACUGUCCAAGACGGUGAGGUUUAAUGUGCUGAAGGUGAUCCCUGCCGGGUCAAAGAGUGGUGCAGUGAAGAAGGCAUUCACUGCUGCCUGA